CCGUGCGCGAUUACGUUCCCUGUUUUGGGAAUUUUAUUUAUGGCACGCGCGUUCUCGACGUGCUCUCUGGCUCUCUAACGCUGUCACCGACUACAAUGUCAAACCUUUUAGGAGUAUCGCGAGCUUCCGUUUUCACGCCAAGGGCAGAAGAUCCGUCGUGAUUUGUUUGUUGAUUUAUUUUUGACCCGAACUGACUUCACUUGAAGGGAUAUUUUGCGCUAAAGUGAUGCUGUCUUCACAAUAAACCAAGCUAAGGUCUAUGUUAGAGCGACGAAGACAGAAAUGGAGGUGACAAGGCGAAGAGACUCCAGUGGCCAGUUCUCUGACAACUCGGACCAUGACUGUGAGGUACAGAGGAAAGCAGCCUGAAGUGUAACGAAUGUGGGAAAAACAGGGCAAUAAUGGCCAGAUACUCAGAGGGCUAUGGCACUGAGGAGGAGUGCGUCCAGUCCGAUCCUCAGCGAGAGAGCGAUGCAGAUGCAGACGUAGAGGAUGCAGACACCAGACUACAGGUCGUGGGCUCUCUCCAGCGAAUCAGCUCUCGGAAACGAAGGCGUCAGCGAGUAACCCGGCAAGACACCACAGAGAGCGAGGAUGAUGGGGGACAGAGCCACAGGAACCACCGCUGGAGUCUGAGAUUGAGUCCCCAUCGCUCACCCAGUAGAACCAUACUAGAGGAAAGUGUUUCUCAGGUCAGGCCGCUGGUGAUUUGUCACUGUAAUCCAGCAGAUACCCCGGCUGCUUCAGACAACCACCCCGAAAAAGGAAAAUGGUCGACGAACAUAUGGCCUUUCUCUCUCUCUUUACCUCUUUUCUUCUUCCUCAUUCUUCUCCCCCUCUUCAUUUCCAUCAUAAUUGUGUUCUUUUCAUUCCUCUUCCCGCUUACUAAUACCUGACCCCCUCUGCAACAGAUACCUCAAGGAAUCAGUUUUUUUGUUGAUACGUAUACUAUGAGAAGCACAAAAAUUGGCCUUGAAACGAAAGUGUAACGUCUGAUACAUGUUAGCUAGAGGAUAUUAGUUGCAUUAAUUAUUUGAACCCUUACGUAAGAGUUUAAAAUACAUUACAUAAUACAUUUUUUUUGUCAGAAUGCUGUAAUUCACUCCUUAUUCCUUUCUGUUAUCUUGACUGAAGUGUCAGUGUGUAAUCACCCACAAUAAUCCAUCGUAUUGCAUUUAUUAAUGGUUAUUUAAAAAAAAAGCAAAAAUCUUAAUUAGAUCAUUAAUUUGCUAUUUAUUACGGCUUGUUAUUAAGUGUCACCAUGAUUGUUUUGAGCUCAGAUGUUAUUUCCUACGCCACCAGUGCGUGUCUGUGUAUAUGUGUACGUAUAGAUGCUCGAGUGUUUGAGAGCCAAAGCAUCACAGUAACAUGAUGCGUGCAUGGAAAGAUUGAACACGGAAACGAAUUACUAUGCAAUGUACAGACAAGUCUUUUAGGGUAUGUUUAUGAUAGAAAAUACACUUUUUUUUUUUUUAAUUUUCAUUUUGUGAAUGCAUGGCUGAAGUAAUAUUAAGCAAACCUCAACGGAUGCAUCAAAUCUGUGAUAAGUGGCAGAGCUUAUUACUUAUUUCGAUUAAGUUUCACAUCAAUGUUAGCAUUAAAGAUUUAAGUGCUAGUUAUGUUUAAGUGAGAAGUACAUUUAAUGUCAUUUUCUUUUCCUCUGUACUGUUUUUUUUUUAAAUGCAUCUUAAUAACAGCCCUGAUGCGAUUGCUCAGGCAUUCCUGUUCAGUAUUAUGUUUAAUGCUAUUAAGUUUGUGCUUUUACAGCUCCACAAGCUCCAUGACGUUUCUGUCUGUGUCACGGUCUCAUGCUUUUCCUCUUAAGCUUUAAAAUGAAAAUGAGGUGUAUGUUUGUGAAAAUUUUGGGUCCAUUUGAACAUAAAUAAAAAUUUGGUUUGAAAGCA